UCACUUGAGCGUCGAAGGACAAACCGGGACCGUCCACAUUUCUCCACAGGGUCCUUUCAUCCCGCCUAGACCAUACGAAUGAAUCGCGAGUCAAGACCCACCGUGGUUCUCUACCUAGAGCUAUAAGGUACAAACAAUUGGAACCCACCGUGGGCCUAAUUUGUGAAUUCUUUUGUGAUUUUGAAGGCGAAAGGAAAUUUGAUCAGAGAAGAAAGAGGAAUCUGUAGUUUGGUUCUAAAUAACCUGUAUUCUUUUCAAGGAUUACGGGGAGAAUCUGCACUCGAAUGGAUUGAAGGCAGCAAGAACAACAAAUGAGCAACCGCGACAUUAAAAAUAAAGAAAUGACUCCAAAAAUUUCACAUAUGGAAUUCAUAUUAAGUGUUUUCUUGCCAUUAAGUGAUCUUCAUGGUUAAUUUAUCAUCAUUUGUAUCCCAUUUUUGUUCCUCAGAGCAUUUUAUGUCAUAUUAGGAUGCAUUCGUCGAUACAUGCGUUUUAAGCACAAAAUAGGGCACAAAAUUAACAAUUGAAGCUAGGAAGGAGGAUCACGGGGGAAGGGCAAAGAUCAUGGACGAGAAGAGGAGCCCGCGAUGAUCAGUUGUAGAUUGCGACCUCUGGAGCAAAGAUUGAUUCGGGCCUAAUUGUACAUGUUUUACCCCGUUUUCCUUAGGCGUUUGUGGAAAUUUCGCUCCUAAAAGGGUGUUUUUACGCUAGAUUUCUAGUGUUUUAGUGUGUUUCAGGAUUUAACAGGUGAAACCAGCCUCAGAGUCGAAAGUUGGACGAAAAGGAGCAAAAACCGGGAGAAAGGUUGAAAAAACGGCGAGUUCACGAUUUUCCUUGGAAUUUCACGGUCUGCUAAGACCAGUGUUAUUAAGAGCGUACCAAGCCGGUCGGCCGACCGCUAAAGCCGUCACCCGGGCGCAAAAUUGGCUCAGGCCAGUCAUUUAGCUGCUACGCUUUUAUGAAGCGGUCACUGAGCGGCCGAGGCGGUUAACCGUUCGAGCCUCUUGAACCGGUCGCUCAAUUUUCCCCUUACGGCCGUUCUAUUUAAUAAAAAAAUUGAAAAAGAAAAUCGAAAACGAAAGGCAAAAUCGUGGGGCUGGGAAAGAAAUCCUAACUCUAAUUCAGUUUUCGUCUUCGACUCUUUGUGAAUAGAGGGAGAAGAUGGCGCCAAACCCUGCCACCGUCAACACUUCCCGUCCUGGCUUCCCGUCGCCAUCUCCAGUCAGCGUAACAGCUCCCAGCUCACCAUUGCCAGUCUACGUCCUCGUCCUCUCUUCCUGUAGCAACUCCUCCGUUCCGUCGUCACUUCCCGUCCCGUCAUUUCCCGUCACUAUCGUCGCCAUCCCCAGUCCUUGUAGCCGCCCCGCUCCCGGCUCCCCGCUCGGGCAAGUUUUGGAAUUGUUAAGAGUUAAGAGUGCAAUUUACUAAUUUAGUUAUGGUUUACCAUGAUUAAGAAAUGUCGAGUAUUUAUACUGAUUGUUUAUUAGGUACCGAUUUUCUAACGGUUUAAUUCCUAUUAGACCGCUAAAGACCGAUUCGUUCACAUUAUCGGGUCAUACUCCGGUUCGCUUUUGGAAACAUUGGCUAAGACCAUGAAGAAGACCUGUUGCCCGUCAACAUCAAGGCGUCCAGGGCCAAAUCUCAAGUUAUUGCCGCUAAUUGAGUUCACGGUCACUAAGACUGUGAACUAGAGCUGUUGCGCAUGAACACAUGCAAGUGAAGCGGUGCGUUUCGGCGCCCAUCUUGAGUUCACGAAAGUGUUUCAGAGUUCACGGCAGUGAACUGAGGUUGUGAACUUAACUCGUUCCCUAUUUAAAAGACGAGCUGAAAGGUAGAGAGAGGGAGAGCCCAUUUGAGUGAGAAGGUGACUCGCUCCUAUCGUCACUCUAGAAAAUGGCCAAGUGUAACCACCUCCUAAAGCGUAGUAUAGUGGGUUUGAGUUCUAAUGUCAACCCGGAUCCUAAGUGUGAUGACUACUCCAUGAGUUCUUAUUAUUUAGCAGUGAAACUUUAGUGAAGAUCCAAACAAGCAAAGCAGUUAAAAGGUUAUUUUCAAGUCGAGAGAGGUCACCCGGAUAUGGUUCCCCCUGGACUACAGUCAAGCCAGAUUGUAAUUUACCAAGUUCAAGUUCAAUGAUAGUUAUACUACGGGAGGUUCUUAAACAGUCCGCAAUCUCGACUAAAGGGCUCCAGACCCUCUCAAUUUGACUCCCCAGCGGGCGACUAACCUCCACCGGAGUAAACAGAUUGAGGCCCUAAUGAACCAACCUCCACUACCGAAGUAAGUUCGGUACAGAAUAGUGAAUUGACUCCUUGACUAAAGUCGCCAAUUCACUACCUUCAAUCAAGGGUGCUCUAUCAACCUAGGCAGAUAUUCUCUUUCUAGGUUAAAGCAGAAACAACAGGAAUUUGAUCAGGAUUCAUGCCAUUCAACAAAUCAAACCUCAAUUGAACAUAAUCAUACCACCGAAUCUGUACUUGGGUUCAUACGAUCAGACCUAACAUACAAAUCUAGGGUUUUUCAUACCCAGGUGAAUAAGAAAGUUACUCCAUAGAGAGAGAUGGGAAAUCUAGCUCAGAUGCGGAAACCAUACUGUGAAGGAUGAGAAUCUGCUUCUGCCACUCAAUCAGCUCUUCUCCAAGCUCAAGCCGGGCUCCAAUAGUGAUGGAGAUCGAUCAAGGACACUUGCAGAAUCAGAUUCGUCACUUUCUCUCUCUAGGUAUCGCUUUUUCUAUCUAAAACUCGGAACCCUUCACUUUUGUCCUUCUUUUACCUUAAGAAGCUGUCUUCCGCGAUCCCUGGUCUGAAUACCCGGUCGGGUAUUUUGGGUGGAGACCGGGUAUCUUCAAAAUGCACCGUCGGGGAACAGGGGUUAAUCCCCGGCCUGGGCCAAGAAUACUCGACCGGGGAUUUAUUAUUACUGCCCGGGCCCCCUUCUGCUUCUCAAACGCCCGAAACAUGAAUUACCUGGUCUGCUCCAAAUAAUACCCGGUCGGGUAUUUCUGCUCAUGGCCGGGAAUUUUGCUCCUCCAGCACACUUCAACCCAAACGUGCUCCUUUUGACCCAAAACUUGUUUCUUCGCCUCGAUGCCAACGCUAAGUCUUGAAAUAUGACAUAAACGCACAACCUAGCGUGAAAUCGGCUUAAAACAUGAGGAUCAACAUCUCAAACGGCUCAAAAAUAGGGGUAAAAACAUGUGCAAUCAAUGGUCUAUCAAAUUCGCCCACACUUAACCGUUUGCUUGUCCCCAAGCAAACCUAACUCAAACCAAUGCAACUCUCCAGACCUCUAUAGCAACAAACAACCCAGAUCGUCGGUAGAGGAUUUUCUAGAUCAUAAAGCAGCUUACGAGGU